AUGAAAUCUAGUACAUCAGAUUUUUUGACCGAUGUACAGACUGUAAAUAUCGUCAUCAAACAGAUAGGGCCAAAUAAAUCACUUCCGGCGUUCAAGCGUAUUGUGGAGAGAUGCUCGAGACAACGCGUCAUUCAAGUUUCGGAUAAUCCGCGUCGACUAUUCCACUGCUCAUUUACACAAACCUCGUCAUACACGGAAUUCAGCGAGUUGCAGCAACAUCGUCGCGUGUUUGCUGUCAUUGGUGUCGCAUUCACAAAUGGUCAUGGAGAGCCGGACAAAUCGAUUCGAGCCUCUCGCGAGUCCACAGAUUCUGAAGCCUCCGAAUCGGAGCAGAUCUCAUCGGCAUAUAACAAAUUGAAGGCCGACUACCCGAAUAUUAUCUGUGGACGGUGUAUUCUCAUCGGAGGCAAAGACGAAGACUUCAAUCAAGUCGAGAGACAUGAACGCCUUUGUUUCCCAAGUCUGGAAGAGGCUGGCCAACUGGAAAGUGCCGUUCGUGAAUUGAUGAGAGCUAUUUACAUUGUCAUCGAGAUGAAACGAGUUGAUGUAUCGUUUGAGAAGAAGCAAGAAAUUCCAUGUCCAACACUUCCGGAUGAAUCUCGCUGGCAAGUUGGUGUGGAGACAAAGUCAACGAAGAGUUACAAAAAGAAGUGUCUUGGUAGAUAUCGCAAACAACACGCGGACUACUGUCUUCUCACCGGCCUACCUCAACUGGCGCUGGAAGCUUAUGAAGGAGCAAUCGAGAGUCUGAAAUCCGUUUGUUUUUCCUCUUUCUUUCAGAUUUUUGUAAUCUCAUAUAUGUAUCUUGGGUGUGGUCGAACGUUUUCCUUUUUUUCUUCAGCGGCAUAUGAUGGAUGGGCAAGUACGGUCUGCAUCCUUCACGCGGAACAGAUGGGCGAGAUUAACUGCGGCGCGUUUCACCGCGUUGCCAGCAUGCACGCGAUGCUAACAAUUCCAUCGAUCGAAAUCAAGACGCAAAACGGCGAAAGUUUAUCCGUAUCGAAUGACAGCGUUCUCAGCUCACCACAGGGACACAAACGACACCAUUCAGAUGAACACAUUCGGGUAAACUCGUCAAUGUCCGGAGGAAGUAUGGAGAGGAAUGAGUCGUUUGGAAAUGAGAGUGGAAUUGUUAGCAAUGGAUCAUCGCCGUCGAUUCGAGAGGAACCAACCAAGAUUAAAGCGUCAAAAGGGCUGAAUCCGCUCACCAACUUUCUUAGUGAUAGGCGGGAGAAGCCAACAAAAGAGCGAGUCAUGGAAAAUUUCAAAAAUGCCAUUGACGAGUUCUCCAAGUUCACAAUGGCCGGAUGGUUAGAGUAUGAGACUGUGAUGCGUGCAAUUAUGUAUUUGAUUCUGGAGCGGGAGUAUAUUAAACUCGAGCAAUUCCAUCGUGACUACACUGGAAAAUAUCUCGACGAUGCGAACACUUUUAUGGAUCAUCGUAUGAAAGCACAAAUCUGUCUCAACUCGGCAGCCAUGUACAAAGAAAUUGGGUUUCUUCGGAAACAAGCGUUUUAUGCGAGAUUGAGUGUCCUUUUUGAGCUUCAUGUGACAGAGGGAAGGGUUCGACACGCGAGUGAUUACAAAACCGUAUAUCCAGUCCUUUUCAAAACUCUCGAAGGGUACGGUGUUGAUCUCAACGAGCCACAUGACAUGAAGAACAAGAAGUUGGGUCCAGUGAAGCUUCAAAUUAAGUCUCUUCAUGAAAUUUUCACAGCAGCAAAUCGUGCUGGCCAUCGUGAUGCCGCGAUUCGACAUCUUUGUUUUUUGCUUCAGGUCUACUACCCCCAUCUCGACAGUUCCAUGACGACUCGACUUUUUGAUGAUCUAGACAACUUGGUAAAGGCCACACCCACGGUACACCAACUCAGCCAGACUAUUGUGGUUGAUGAUGGGAAAAUCAUCAUCCCAGGACUUCAACUGACAAGAUUCCCACUUAUUCAAACACCCACAGUGCUUGCUCUCCAACCGAAUUUGGUGCCAACAAUCGUUCCCGACAAGAGUCAAGCGUCGAUUUUCAUCUACACACCGUUUGGCAAAAAGGUCGAUAACUCACUUUUGUGGGUGACCGAUUGUCCUGGCGAGGUUGAGGUGACUGUGAGAAACUGUCGUGAGACCGAAUUGAUCGUUCGUGAUCUUUGUCUGAUUGUCGAAGGAGUGAAUUUUGAUCCGGUUCAAGCUCGCCUCAUUUUGCCACCUGAAGACGAGGAGAACAAUUCGGGAUCAACGAUUCGACUUUUGGGAGUGCCGAAAGAACCCGGCGACCUAUUCAUCACUGGCUACUCUUGCAACAUCUUUGGACUUCACAACGAGUGCCGUUUUGUUACCAGCAACGGGAAUAGUCACAAACCUAACAAGAUUCGUGUCAAGGUCCUACCCAAACUUGCCAGAGUCUAUUUGGAAUGCUCCCUUCCACGUGCUCCAAUCGACGAGGACAACGAGGAGCCUUCUGCAGAAGCAGUUGUCUAUUCUGGUCAAAAAUUUGAUCACACUAUCACAGUUGUGAACAGCAGUGACAUUCCGGUUCGCUAUUGCGGUGUCAAGAUUUGGCAGCCGAUUGUUCAAGGAGGUCCACCUCUCAUUCGACUUGACGAUUCGGAGACGCAUGCCCCAGAGUUUGAUGGAUUUGAAAUUUCUGAUGAUCUUUCGAGCUUUGUCCUGGAACCCAAUGGAUCUAGAGAGCUCAAAUUCCACAUCUUUGGAAUCGAUCCAACAUCUACUGCUGAUGAUUUGAGUGAUGAGGAGAAAGUUCUUGAAAGUGUUAUCCCCUUGGCUAAUACCUCAGCAAACUCUGAAACAGAAUCUAGUGACAUGGACCUCAUCCCAUUCACUGGACGUCUUCUCACCGCGGAAUUCAUCGUGAGAUACCACUCGGACAUUACGUCAGACGAGGGACACUCUUUUGAGCGAAAGUGCAAACUUCCUAUCGCAGUUUCAAUCAUCCCGGCGGUCACCGUCUCCGCAUGGCACGUACUCCCGGGAGAUAGCCCAUUCUCACGGUUGGUGACUUUUUUACAAACAUCAGGAAAAAAACUUUUUUUUAGGUACAUCGUGGUUGAUGUGACCAACAGCACUGAACAUGACGCAGAACUGGUGUACAGCAAUGCAAGGCGGAUGUAUGUGCUUCCGAAAGAGACGUGUCGAGUUCCGAUUCUCUCACCAUGCUGUUCGGAUGUCACAGGAGGCGCUUUUCAUCAAGCCAAACAACGCGGAAGUCAUAUGAUGCAGAAAAUGGAAACUGAACGGUUGAGAUUGAUUCUGGAGAAUCAUGUUUCGAAGCAUUUGGAUAUUCGUUGGGCGAUUCCAGCGUUGAAUAUCGAAGGUCAAGUCCCCGUCGGAUCUCUUCUCUCAUCAGUGUCUCUUCUGAAACAACUCGUUCUCCCUGCCAUCAGUCUUGACUUCUACGUCAAUGGCAAACAGUACGUUAGUGAAGAUGACGUGGCAGUUGGCAUUGGACAGUUUGUCACGGUUGAAGUUUCCAUCAUUUCAUCUCUAGCAGCGGAGUACAAUGGUUUGCUGUCGUUGGAGUGUGAACAAGAAAUCUCUCAUUCGCUCGGGUCGAAUGAUACCGGCAAUUUUAUGCUAGUCACCGGUGCUAAGAAGAUUCCGUUUGCUGUUGAUAAAGAAAACAAGCAAUCGGCAAGCUUCAGUGUCACGUUCAUCGUCGAAGGAAGUUUCCGCGUUCGCCCCCUUAUCACGCCGAUGCCAGGACAACAUGCUCUCCUUCCAGAAGACAUGUUCGCGACGCCAGUUGCAUUCAGUGUCACCACCAAAUUCUAA